GCCCAGUGCCCAUACUUUUAGUUGCAACAUAAACUAACCAUGAGCCAUCCUCCCUUGAAUUCGCGAUUCAUAGAAGCAGACGACGAUGACGAUGACGACCUAGACGAGCAAGACAUCCCCGGGUUCUCAGCACCAUCGCCAGCCGUAGAUAAGGGAAAAUCAAGGGAAACAGAGCAGCUAGCAAAACCCUCUGCAGCUCCUACUUCAAAUCAGAACGUGUCUGGCAACAUUGGUUCCAAUAGCUUGUCUAGCAGUUCCAACAAACAAACUGUCGGCGGCAUUCGAGUCGAGACUCGGUAUUCUGGAGCGGAUACUCUCGAUGAGCCUGUCACCACCACAAUCGCACGCGACCUGCUUUCGGUAUACUCAAAGUUGGUACAUGUGCUCUACCCUCGUAAGUCCGGUGGACGCGAAGUCCUCAGAGACUGGGAUCUUUGGGGCCCGUUAUUACUUUGUCUAUGCCUAGGCAUCAUGUUGAGCGUGAAUGCACCAUCGAACCAAUCAUUAGGGGUAUUCACUUCAGUGAUCGUGAUCGUGUCCGUUGGCUCCCUUGUCGUGACCGUCCAGGCUAAGCUUCUUGGUGGCAGAGUGUCCUUCUUUCAAGGGCUCUGUGCACUUGGCUACUGUAUAGCGCCAUUGGAUAUUGCUGCACUUAUCUCAUGCUUCGUGCGUGUCAUCUGGGUGCGUGCGCCCGUGGCCGUGGCUGCCUGGGCUUGGUGCAUAUGGGCAUCCGUGAACUUCUUGGACGGUACAAAAAUUGAACCACAGCGCAUCUUGCUCGCUGUAUACCCACUCCUACUUUUUUACUUUGUCCUGGCGUGGAUGAUACUUAUCCAAUGAUAACUUUUGUUUCAAAGAGCUACUUUUGUGGUAGCAUGCUUGCACAUUUCUUAGCUCAGUGACAUUUUACUUGCUACGUAGCAUGCUCCCCAAUGUAACAGAAGCAAAUACACACUAACUUUGCAAGGGACGAUGACGUGGUGUAUCGUCUACUCGACACUCUUC